CUUCUCUCCAACCCUUCUCUUGCUGCCCUUUCGGCUCUAUUCCAAUGCAUAUCUUGGUUGUCAACGACGACGGACCGCCGUCAAAUCAGUCCUCGCCCUACAUCCAUUCGCUCGUCGUUUCGCUACAAUCGGCCGGACACACUGUUUCAGUGGUGUUACCGCAUCAACAGCGAUCAUGGAUUGGUAAAGCACACCUGAUUGGGGCUGCUGUGAAGCCUACUUACUUCCGGCCCGGCACCUUGCACAAGGACGAUGGGACCACUCACGAGCUGCCCCACGGUAUGAACGAAGGGGACGAUGAGAGCUAUGAUGGAGACGAGUGGAUCCUUGUCGACUCGACCCCGGCUAGCUGUGUACAGAUCGGCCUGUAUCACUACUUUGAAGACCGUGGUCCGAUCGACCUUGUCGUGUCUGGACCGAACUAUGGCCGAAACUCGACAGCUCUCUUCGCCAUGUCCAGCGGAACGAUUGGUGGCGCGAUGGAGGCAGCUGUGUGUGGAAAGCGUGCGAUUGCCCUGUCAUAUGCCUUCAGCUCUCGCCAGCAUGACCCCGUUGUCAUUGCGGAGGCUUCGCGGCAUUCGGUCCGGUUAAUCGAAUAUCUUCACAACAACUGGGCGGAGGGUGUCGAUUUAUACAGUAUCAAUGUACCUCUGGAGCCUGGGGUGAGUGAGGCCAAGGUCCUCUAUACACAUAUGCUUGACAACCGUUGGUCGUCUGGCAGCUGUUUCAAGGCUGUUGAAGCUUCUGCGUCGACGGAUGGCCCAAGUGCGCAUGAGCACAAGCUGCGAGAAGAGAGUGAAAGUGCUGGACAGACCCUCAAUGAAAAAGGGAGCAAAUCUCCUAGCAGGCGAUCUCGAAUUCAGCACAAGCACUUCGAAUGGGCGCCCAAUUUCACGGACGUCUACAAAAGCGUCGACGAGGGGACUCCUGGAAACGACGGUUGGGUCGUCAAGGAAGGAAUGACUAGUGUGACGCCAUUAAAGGCCAACUUCAUGCACACGCCCGGCAUCGAAGGGGAGAUCAAGCUCCAGUUAUGCUUUUCUGCGCCUUCUUUCUUUCGUUUUGCUUCUCCUGUUCUUCCCUUUGAAUUCUACCUGCAGGGCUUCACACAUGGGACGAUCAUGUCAUGUAGACCGGACAAUAAUGAGCCUACCUUAUAUACCAUCGUGGACUGCGACAAUUCAUACGUGCAGAGUCUUAUUGAGCAGGCGCUGCAGCGCCGUCUCGGCGCCGGCCAGAGUCGCGCCAUAUCCUCCCUGACAGACCUUCCAUCGCGAUCGGCCCCAGUGUUCCAGUAUCGUGAGUACGAACGACUGGACUUUGAGCAUGCCAUGAUGCACUCGUCGUCCUCCCUUGCCAAUGCCUACAUCAUUCGAAAGGCGCUGAUCCGCAAACACUAUCUUUCCAAUACCGUCGCGAAUUGGGUGACCAAGCACCCGGAUAGCGUGCUGGCCAAGCACUUCAAGUUCGCCUGCGAUUUCGAGCUCGAUUACGCGGAAUUCCUCGACGACGCCCUGCUGGAGGCGUAUGAGCUCCGCGAGAGCCUCGAGCGGAACGAGACCCUGCCCGAGUCCGAGAAGGAAUGGUGGAUUCUUAAAGCCGGCAUGAGCGACCGCGGCCAGGGCAUCCGGCUGUUCAACAGCGAAGACGGACUGCGGGAAAUUUUUGAGGAGUGGGAUCCCGACUCCGACGACGAGGAGGCGGAGGAGAGUGACUCGGAGCGAGCCGUCGAAGUCAAGGACGAGGAGGAGGAGGACGACGAUCACGGUGUCGUCACCUCGCAGCUUCGGCAUUUCAUCGCCCAGCCGUACAUCGACCCUCCGCUCCUGCUACCCUCGGCGUCGAACCGCAAGUUUCACAUCCGCACUUACGUGCUCGCCGUCGGAUCGCUGAAGGUCUAUGUCUUCAGGGAGAUGCUGGCCUUGUUCGCCGCAAAACCCUACUGCCCUCCCGGCGAGGAAGAUGACGAGGUCAAGGAUCUGGCCCGCCACCUGACCAACACCUGCUUCCAGGAGGGCGGCAGCUCCAACGAGGGGAGUGUCCGCCGCUACUGGCAACUGGACGAGUCCGUGCCGGGCCUCGCGCCUGAGUGGAAGGAGAACCUCUUCGACCAGAUCUGUGCUGUGACUGGGGAGAUCUUCGAGGCGGCGGCGCGCGGCAUGAUGGUGCAUUUCCAGACCCUACCCAAUGCGUUUGAGCUAUUCGGCGUCGACUUCCUGGUGGAUCAAAGCGGUAACGCGUGGCUGUUGGAGUUGAACGCCUACCCGGAUUUCGCGCAGACCGGCGAGGAGUUGAAGGAUUUGGUGGUCGGUCGUCUAUUUGAGGAGACGGUGGACGUGGCUGUCAAGCCAUUCUUUGGUCUCGGAGACGCGGCAGUCAAGGGGACUGAGUCGAUGCGCUUGGUUGCUGAUCUGGAAUUGGGGCGAAAGGCUUGA